CUGUAAUAAUUUAUCCACUGAGGAGCACAGGGGCCAUCAUGUCUGUGGCCUUUGCAUCAGCCAGACCCAGAGGCAAGGGAGAGAUCACCCAGCAAACUAUUCAGAAGAUGCUGGAUGAAAACCAUCACCUGAUACAGUGUAUCAUGGAUUAUCAGAGCAAGGGCAAGACUGCUGAGUGUACACAAUACCAGCAAAUCCUACACAGGAACCUGGUGUAUUUAGCCACAAUCGCCGACUCCAACCAGAACAUGCAGUCUCUUCUCCCUGCGCCUCCCACACAGAAUAUGAACCUGGGACCCGGAGGGAUGUCCCAGACGGGGCCCAGCCAGACCCUGCACUCUCAAGGGAACUUGAGUGACGCUCUGGGAUCCAGCCUGCCACCCUCAUCACUUAUGCAGGGUCAGAUCAGCAAUGGACCAAACCAUGUGUCCAUGCAGCAGUCUGGCCAAACCACUUUGCCCACCACUACCAUGAGUAUGGCUGUGAGUACCCAUGGCACUGCCCCUGGAUAUAGCCACACUGUGCCAAGCUCUCAGAAUAUGCCCAUGCAGAGCCAGGGGAGCAUUGGUAACUAUGUGUCACGGGCAAACAUGAACAUGCCGAGCAACCCAGUGUCCAUGAUGCACCAGCAGGCCACAGGCUCCCAUUACACCUCGGCACAGGCAGGCAGCCAGCAUUACCAGGGACAGCCUUCCAUCUCCAUGAUGAACCAGAGCAGCCAAGGGAGCGGCAUGAUUGGCCAGAGACCGCUCGGACCUUACCGGCCUUCACAACAAGGCUCUUCCCAGCAGUACCUGGGGCAGGAGGAAUAUUACAGCGAACAGUAUGGCCACAGUCAAGGCACCUCAGAACCCAUGACCCCGCAGUACUACACUGAUGGGCAUGGGGACUACUCCUACCAGCAGUCGACGUACGGAGAGCAGAGCUACGACCGGACGUUCGAGGAUUCCUCUCAGCAUUACUACGAGGGAGGAAACGCGCAGUACAGCCAGCAGCAGACAGGAUACCAGCAAGGCAGUGGGCAGCAGCAGGCGUAUUCACAACAGCAAUACUCCAACCAGCAGAACUACCCUGGGCAGCAGCAGGGAUACGUUCCAGCACAAGGAGCCUCUUCUCAGUAUUCUGGCUACCAGCAAGGUCAGGGCCAGCAGUAUACCAGCUACCGGACCUCCCAGACGGCAUCCACUGCCCAGCAACAGAGGCCUUAUGGCUACGAGCAGGGCCAGUAUGGAAAUUACCAGCAAUAAAGGCAUCAGCCGGCCAUUUGCUCCUCACACAGUGGCUCCAGGGGAACAAUUGGGCAGGACUGUGCUGGGUGUUUGUAUAUAUUCUGCCCCUCACCUCACAGCACAAAGGAUAAUGAGCGUGGGUGCCCCCCUGCCCCGUUUAUAAAGGACACAAUUUUCCAUGAGCAGAAGCCUAGAGACGACCUUGUCACUAAAGUAAAGGGGGAUAAGACUUAUUUGCAAUAACAGAUAUAUGGCAUCUGAGGUACCAACCUGCCCACGUGUGGUCUGUGCAACCCCCCCAUUGGCAAUAUCUAUCAUUACUGACAUUAAGGCAGGCACCUCUGGCUUCCCGUAGGCAUCCAACACAGGCCAUGUAGAAUCCAGAUAUGAUCCAAGAUGGCAGCACUGUGUUUUCUUGAAUUCAAGCCACCAUCCCAGAUGGCUGGAAGCUGUUCUUGGCCCAAUCCAUUUAGAAGCAAGACAUUAUCCCAAAUGGCUACAGUCUAUGCUUAGCCCAAACUAGAAGCUAGACAUCUUCCAAGAUGACUGGAAGCUGCUUUUUGUUCAGUUUUGUUUUUAGAAACUAGACUUGAUUCUAGAUCCUAGGUUGUUCUUGGUACAAUAUAUUUAGAAGCCAGACAUGAUCCAAGAUGGUCGAGGGCUGUUUUUGGCCAAUCCAUUUAGAAGCAAGACAUGACUGAAGAUGGCUAGAGGCUGUUCUUGGUCCAAUCGAUUUAGAAGCUAGACAUGAUCCAAGAUGGCUAGACUUGAUUAUAGAUUUCUUUGAGGCUGCUGUUGGUUCAGUUUUUUUUUUAGAAACUAGACUUGAUCCUAGAUGUCUGUAGGAUGAUCUUGGCCCAAUAUAUUUUGAAGCCCAACAUGAUCCAAGAUGGUCGAAGGCUGUUCUUGGCCAAUCCAUUUAGAAGCCAGAAAUGACCUAAGAUGGUUGGAGGUUGUUCUUUGCCCAGUUGAUUUAGAAGCUGGACAUGAUCCAAGAUGGCUACAGUCUGAUUAGCCCAAAUAAUAGAGAAGCUAGAAAUGUUCCAAGAUCGCUGGAGGCUGUUGUUGGUGCAGUUUCUUUUUCAACUAGACUUGAUCCUAGAUGUCUGUAGGAUGUUCUUGGUCCAAUCUAUUUAGAAGCCAGAGAUGAUCCAAGUUGGCUGGAGGCUGUUCCUGGCCGAUCCAUUUAGAAGCCAUGAUCCAAGAUGGCUAUACAUUGUCCUGCAUGGAUGUGCAGCCAGGAUCCAAGAUGGCUGCAGGAUGUUCUUGUUACAGUACAUUAGGAAGCCAUUCAUCAUCCAAGAUGGCCGCAGGCUGUUCUUAGCCUGUUCCAUUUGGAAGCCAUUUUGUAGACUGUGAGUUUCUACCUUCAUUUGUGUUUCAGUGAUGUUCUUGAGUCGACUGUCGAGUGCACCAGAGAAGAUGUUCUGUAGGCGCAACUCAUUGUUUCACAUGAUUGGCCGCUUAUGUGUUUUAUGCAAAAUCAAUGCUGUUUUUUUUUUUUGUGUGACACUUACUGUAUUUUUGCACCCACAAAGCUACUGUUCUAUUACGCGAAUUGCCCCGCUCAAGUUUAUGCGCAAUCUGAAAGAAACCCACGUUUUUUUUUGCCCCUCUGUGAUGAAAUACUACAAUGGAAGGCAGCAGAACAAAACAAUUGCACUUUUGCUAUUUACAUGGAUUUGAUUUUGGCAGUUUUACACUGCUCAUAUCAUUUAUGUGUAACAGGAGCACCCCUUACUAUUCUGUGCAGCUCACUUGGUGUUAGAAGCUUAUAGGACAAGGUAAGGUAGAUUCACUGGGAUCUGCCAGGGUUAGACAAUUACCCCUGCCUUACCCAGGCAUCCCCAGCAUGGGCUUAUUAAUGCUCAGCAGAGCAACAUUUUCCCAUCAUGCUCUUUUGUGCAUGUGUCACUGAGCAGUAGGAAUGUCUGGGAUUUAUUUUUACUUGGGCGGAGGCAUCCUCUGACACUUCCCUGCUCAGUAGCAUCACUCUGGUCACACUGAGCAAUGGAACUGAGCAGAAAAGCGGCAAAAGCUGCCUCCUGCAUAACAAUCCUAAGCUUCUAGCUAGCUGGCCAGCUGGACAGGACAACCGGGGGCCCUCCUGUUUCAAACCAUGACUGUUGGCAGUGCAGAACCGCUUCCAUGAAAAUGUAGAUUGGCUGUGCCAAUUAAAAAAAAAAAAACCUCUUCACCCCCUGCCUUCUAGUGGUUGCAAGAUUGUCAGAUGUUAUUCUUGCACCCUAUUUUUUUAGAACAAGAUGGCUGACAUAUAUAUCUAGGCUUCAGAGCCAGAUAAGGGACAAGAAUAUGUAAAGCAAGUGGGGCUGGGUACCAUUAAAAGGGCAGUUCACCUUUAAGUUACCUUUUAAUAUGUUACAGAAUGUCCUAUUCCUAGCAACUUUGCAAUUGCUCUUUAGUAUUUAUUUUUUUGGAGUUUUUACAUUUUUUGCCUUUUUGCUUCUUUCCAGCUUUCAAAUAGGGGUCACAGACCCCGGCAGCUAAAAAAAAUAUUGAUCUGUGAGCUUUCAAUAUUAUUAUUAUUGUUACGUUUUAUUCCUUAUCUCACUAUUCAGGCCCCUUCCUUGUCAUAUUCCAGUCUCUCAUUCAUGUCACUGCCUGGUUUCUAAGGUAUACAAGACCCUAGCAACCACAUAGCCACAAAAAUUUCAAACUGGAGAGCUGCUGAACAAGAAACUUUACAUUAUAUUAAAAGUUAACUUAAAGAUGAACAACCCCUUUAUGAUCUGUCUCAUAAUGAUCCCACAGAAUGUUUGGCCCUGGGGCCAAACAAUCAAAUUAUAACGGCAGGUAUAGGAAAAGUCAGUCCGGGGACCGCAUCAACGAGCCAAUGCGGUCCCCGAUCCGAUGAGAUUUUCUAACCUGCCCGAUCGAGAUCUGCCCGAUUUCACACCAGAUAUCGGUCGGGCAGGCCUGUCGGGAGUGCCCAUAAAUGGGCCGAUUAGCUGCUGAAUCAGUCCAAGGGACCCAUAUCGGCAGCUACUAUCGGCCCGUGUAUGGGGACCUUUAGGGUCAUUUAUGAACACUGGACAAAUUUGCUCAUGGGCAGUAACCCAUAGCAACCAAUCAGUAAUUGCCUUUUUCAGCCAGCUGCAGGUAGAUAAAUGAAUGCAAUUGGUUGGUUGUCAUGGGUUACUGCCAAUGGGCAAGUUUGCGUAGUGUUCAUAAAUGACCCCCCAGCCUGUCUUUUGGCUUUGGUUUCCUGCAGGAACUGCCUCUCUGAUUAUGGGGAACAUGUGGACCAAAGAGAUAUUUCUACAGGUGCUUUCCCUGACUCCAGGAUAUUCCAAUGGAAACUGAAGCUAAAAAACAGGGUGAUCCUAUGAGUACCAGGAAAUGAUCUAAUCUAAUAAACUGGAAGGGGUUGUACUAAUAUAACGUGGAAGGGGACCCCCCAAAACAUUUUUGCAGGGGGGCCUGGGGAAGUCAAUUUACGCCACUGCUUGUUGGGCUUGGGGAGGAGGAAGCAGGGCUUUACUGGGAACAUUGUGACCAAUCCAAUGUGCGUUAUCCUGGGAGGGGAGGGGGGCCAUUUUGUAUUUCUUUGCUCUCAUUGUCUCCUGUAUAGUUUGUUAGCAGCUCCAGGGGUGGGGAAUGGCGCUUUGUGAUGUAAAAUGUUCUUUAUUUGCCACCUCUGCAUUUCUGAAUGUUUGGAAAGUCUUUUAUGAAGAAUAUAUGAAGAUUUCAAAGAA